AUGCCUACUCACCUUAAACACUCAAAGCAGGAGUUUCUGUCUCAACCGCAGCCCAAGCUACUACCACAGAAACGCAAGGAUAAGCAAAAAGACGCGGAAACGGUGGCCACUAAUCAGGCCUUUCUGAUGCACCCCAAGAUAUUGCAACGACUUGUGACAACCGUUACAUUGCGGUCGCAAAAUAUGCACACACUCCCGCACUCAGCUACCACCAGGAGGGUCUCGAAUGCAAUGGAGGAGGACUUUGGUCAAGCCAUGAGCUUUGCCAGUAUGUUCUCCAUGCUCAACCUCCAGAGGUACCCCGAAGCCCUCAAUAGCUACGACGAGUAA